AUGAUACAGUCCGCCUCGGGCACAUUACACUUUCAGAACUGCAUGACACAUAAGAUUAGUGAAAAAUUAAAAACUACUGUCUGCUGGAACCCAACAGGCACUGGAACCGUUUUAAACUACUCAUCAGCACGCCCAAAUUCCGUGUACGCCAAUAUUGUCUCAUCGAUGUUUGGUCGAGUCAAAGCGCUGUACACAGAGGAGAUUGACCGAACAGCAGCUGAAAUCGAGAUCGCAGACGGACUUCAAGAAAGAAAAUGCGCUGUGAGCUUCAUUAGGCGGUACUUAAGAAGGAUAUUGGCUCCGGGAAGUUGCAGUGAAGCCACACUUGUCGCCUUGUUUGGAGCCAGAAACCGAAGCAUCGCAAAAUAUCAGAAGGAGCACCCUAAGGCCACGGUCUAUGAAGCAGCUUCAAAGCUAGUUGGAUAUUACUCAGACCAGAACAAAAAUCGUUCAGCUGUGGCACCCUUUUGGUGCCUGACUGCCAUUCCACCUGAAGGAAGCACGAGUGCUGUGGUACUGCCAGGUUGCUCAAGCCUAGACAGAGGAAGUCGAGAGGCGGAGGUCGGGUUCGAACCAAGGGCUUUCUGGUCAGUAAAUUCGCAACCUUACCACCCAGUCAGAAUCCCGCUUGAUACUCAUGGGCUAAGCGUUCGGGCCCGUGGUUCGAACGCGACCUCUGUCACUCGACUACCCCUGUCAAGGCUUGUGCGACCUGGUAGUAUCCCAGCCCUCGUGACUCCUACGUGUGGCAUGUCAGCUAGACACCGAAAGGGUGCUACAGCUGGACAAUCUCACACAUCAUGUUCUGUGGAACGGGCUGGUUUGAUCAGCAUGAUUCACCUCCGCAAGCUUCGAACUGGGGUUUCACGUGAACUGUGUGCCGCAGAUUUGGAGGAUGCAAUCAAAGAAGACAUAUCAAGCGGACUACUACCGUUCUUUGCUCACAGUUCUGUGGAACGGGCUGGUUUGAUCAGCAUGAUUCACCUCCGCAAGCUUCGAACUGGGGUUUCACGUGAACUGUGUGCCGCAGAUUUGGAGGAUGCAAUCAAAGAAGACAUAUCAAGCGGACUACUACCGUUCUUUUUGUCGCUGUUCAGUCUGGUUAUGAUACUUACUUCAAACUUCGGCUACCUACAUUUGAAAGACAAUUUAAAUAGCUACAUUUUCUAUGGGUGCUCUUCGAUUUCUUUACUUUUCACAACUCUUGGAACAACGGGUUGCUGUGCAUUUGAUAACUUGAAAGAAAUUGGCCCGGUUUGUGAGCAGUAUGACAUAUGGCUCCAUGUGGAUGCGGCGUACGCAGGAUCAGCGUUUAUCUGUCCCGAAUUUCGUCCACUGUUGGACGGUAUCGAGCAUGCGAUGUCUUUCGUAUUUAAUCCGCACAAGUGGUUGCUGACAAACUUCGACUGUACAUGCAUAUGGUAUAAAAACGUGGACUGGAUCAUUAAAUCCUUCUGUGUGGACCCUAGUUACCUCAAGCAUACACACCAAGGCUGCGCACCUGAUUUUAGAGUAGUUUCGUUUCAAGCACUUACACAUUCCUUUGGGAAGGAAAUUCCGCUCGCUCAAAUUGUGCAUGUCCAUUUGGCUCGACAUUUUGAGCAGCUUUUGCUGUCCGAUCAGCGAUUCGAGAUCGUCUACAAAGUAACUUUGGGCCUGGUCUGCUUCAGAGUCAAGAAUAACAAUGAACUUACGCAGAAGCUGUACGAGGAAAUUAAAGCAGAUGGACGAAUCCACCUGGUUUCAUCGGAAUUUCAUCAUCCCGAAGAAAUCUAUUUUAUUCGUUUCGUAAUUUGCUAUCCUGGAGCUGAAGAAGUCCACAACAACUAUGCAUUUGAAGUGAUUGAGAAACUGACAGAUCGCCUGUUGCCAAGACAAGAGGGCACCAAUCAAGGUCACCCCAAAAUAGAACAAGCGCAAGAAACCAUGAUACCAAGCUAA